UCCUAUAUGGUCGUGUUUGUUUACCGUUAGUUGGCUUAACUCGACCCAUAAUAAAUUGUUUUGAAAUGUUCUCUCGAAUUUGCAUCGCACCAUUACUGCUUGCUCUUUUUUCGCCCAGCUUAUGCUUCGAAAAGUAUGUGCGAAUAUUGAGAGAAAAAGCUCAAGAAGCAUCUGCCAAAAACCUUUCGGACCGAUCAUUGCCAGAACAUCUGCAUGACUUGUCUCUCUUUUUGCAGUCGUACCCGGAAGUGUUUGAAAACAUCCGAGAGCUUAAUAACGCCAGCCAGUGUUACGAUGAUUGGCAGGUCAUUCUCAGCUACUCGCCAGGGGAAGUUUUCAAGUUCUGGGAUUCCUAUCCAGUGCCUGGAACUGGAAUCCUUGAAGGUAACAGGCUUUUCCCAGGACAAUCGGAGGAAUGUUACAAUGCAAAGACUGGACUCACUGGCUUAACGGUUAGACCCUUUCCAGACACUGAAAAUUUCAUCGUGAAUUUCAAUGGGUUCAAUCUGGGAAUGUGUAAUCCGUCUUCGUGCUCGGCCGAAGAGGUGUCUUCUAUUUUUGGAGACGGCGAGAGGUAUAUCCUGGCUAGGAAUAAAUUCAACGCAGAUGCUGGUUUCGUAAUUGCAGUAGUGGUCUACAGCCUAAUUCUAUCAGCAGUGUUCUGCGCAACACUUAGAGGAACCUACUUGAGAGCCAAAGCAAAAUACGAGAAGCUGCAGGAAGAAUACCGAGCGACAUCCGACUUGGCACCACUCACUGUUCAAGAGGAGGCUGGCGACGAAGCCCCGAAAAAACAACAGCAGCCGAGAGAACCUCUCGCAAUCAGAAUCCUCAUGUGCUUCGAUUUCUACGCCAAUUUCUGCAAAAUAUUGGAAACGCCGAAGGUACCCAACCCGGACCAGCUGGCGGUGUUGAACGGGAUGCGAGUUAUGAGUUUGGGAUGGGUCAUCAUCGCUCACCUGUUGCUUCUCUGGCUCGCAGCUGUCGAUAAUAUCGCCUACGUCAUCGGCAGGAGCAAGAACAUGUUGUUCCAGACAAUCGCAAACGGGUUCUCAUCUGUCGAUACUUUUUUCGUUAUGGGUGCAUGUCUGGUCAUGCUAGGAGCCUUGAGGUCCCUGGAUAAGCUGAAGAGUUCGAAUAAGCCACAGGGAUUUUUCUGGUUUAUGUUUUACGUGCAUCGCCUGAUUCGACUGUGGCCAACUCUUCUGCUGACGAUUCUCUUCGUUGCUGGGAUCUACGCUAAUCUGGCCCCCCUGUUUUACAGUCCUUUCUUCCAGAACAAUGACCCCAACACCUCUCUUGCAGCCUCGUGCAAGGGAUCAAACUGGAUCUCGACCGCGUUUUUCUACAACAACUUGAUUGCCAACCCUAACAUUGCCUGCCUUGGCUGGAGUUGGUACGUGUCCAAUGACAUCCAGUUCUACAUCAUAUCUCCCUUGUUUGUGAUACUGGCCAAGCAGAAGAGAUUGUUCGGAGUCGCUGCCAUCUCUACGACAGUCGCCAUCAGCACUCUAAUUGUUCUGCUGGGGUCUGGAAUCAACAAAGUGCCUGCUGCUGACAGUGGUGUCCCUAUCAUUGCCGUAUUUGAAACUGCUGCUGAAACUUUUGACCUUACUGGUCCUUGGACUUUGAAGACCUACUUCUCUUCUUAUUGUCGGUUCCAGGCAUACGGAAUAGGACUCCUCCUAGGAAUGGCACUAUACGAGAAGAAAGCGAUUAGCCACAAGCUUGAAUCGAUCCCAUUCCGGAUCAGAUCUCUAAUCAUCACUGGCACGUGGGUAUCUGGAUUCAUAUCCGGCGCUAUCUCCGUGUAUGGUUGCUACUUUUGGGCCAACGGGGCUCACAUGGGAGUUUGGGAGGUGGCGUUCUACAAUGCGACUAUGCGUCUUCUGUGGUCAUAUUUCAUCUGUGUAAUUGUUCUCAACUGCUCCUUGGGCUACGGCGGAGUCAUCAACGAUAUUCUGGGAGCUAAGUUCUGGUCUCCUUUCGCCAAAGUUAACUACACUACUUACAUCAUACACUUCGUGCUUCUGGAACUGUUUGUGCAGACUCUGGAACAGCCGAUCCGGUUCACUACCAUCAACUACACUCUCUAUGCUAGUGGCAUGCUCAUGUGUAUCAACUGUCUAGCUUUAGUUUGCAGCUGUAUUAUUGAAGCCCCCUUUAUCCAGCUGGAAAAAGUGCUAUUAGGGGGCAAAUGAGGGUAAAAUGUUAAGACGAAAUUAAACCAGGAAAAUUUUUAACCGAGUAUCUUAAACCAGCAUAUCAAUAUAAAAAAUAUCAUAAAUAAGUUGGGUUUAUUCCA